AAAAGUUCACCAGCUGAUCCAAAGUUUAUUAUUUGACAUUUACAUUUUGUGGGUGGUUUAGGAUUGGUUAACGUGAUGAAAAGUGAUUGUAGUUUUCCGAAUUUUCUCCUUAAUAACUUGUAAAUCAAAGAGUGUCAUAUUCGGAUAGAUCUAUAGAGAAAAUUUUUCUAUAUCGGUUAGCAACUUUUGAAAGGAUCUAGCUGGAGGUUACAGGAUAGUGAUGUCCUUUCAACUAGCUUUGCGAAAAUUAUUUAAAAAUGGACGAAUUCUUUUCCGUAACUUUCGACUCAAUCAAGAAUCGGAAUUCUCAACAUUCAAAAUUCUUCCUCACCAACAGAGAUUUGCUCCUAGGGCCGAUUCCAUCCCCAAGUCUUCGCCUUCGGCUUUCCAGUCACAUUUCGAUUCUAUAAGGCGGCUGAUUCUCAAGAAUGUUCUUAACAGAGUAACCAAUUCUUUAAAUUCUGAGCUUCGCCAACGUACAACAAGGCAACUUCUAUUUGGAAAUUCGGCUCCGUUUUUUGCUUUGAUUGGAGUGAGCUUAGCAUCAGGAACUGGCAUCAUAACAAAGGAGGAUGAAUUGGAAGGUGUUUGUUGGGAGAUAAGGAAUGCAGUUUCUCGAAUGCAACAAAAGGCGGAAAAAUUUGAAAACGAACCAGAGAAUCUUGAUGAAAUUCGCGUUGAAGAUUUUGAACUAGGACCGGCAAUAGCAAAGGGAAGCAAUGCAGUGGUCUAUGCCGCCAAGAAACGAGAUCAGAAAGUUGGAGAAGAAGCAGCAGCAGCAACAGAAGAAGUAUCUAGGACGGAAGAUCCGAUUUCGAAUUUCCCACUGGCUGUGAAGAUGAUGUUCAACUACGACGCAGAAUCCAAUGCCACCUCGAUAUUGCGCGCCAUGUACCGCGAGACUGUUCCCGCCAAAUUUCACAUCACCAAUCAAGAGCUCACUGAUUGGGAGAAGAGAAUGUCAGAGCUGUCGGUGUUCCUGCCGCCACACCCGAACAUAGUGCAGAUGCACUGUGCGUUUGCCGACCGCAUUCCCGAGAUUCCUGGCGCCAAAGCUCUUUACCCGGACGCGCUUCCGGCUCGAAUCAAUCCCGAUGGAUAUGGCCGCAACAUGAGUUUGUUUCUGCUCAUGAAAAGAUACGACACGAGCCUUAAGGAAUACCUUAAGGAGAGCCGACCCGAUGUGCGCAAAGGAAUAAUUCUACUGACACAAUUACUGGAAGCAGUAGCACAUAUUAAUAAGCAUGGAAUCGCUCACAGAGACUUGAAGAGCGACAACAUCCUGCUAGAUAGAGAGGCAGGUGAGAGCAGUGGUUGUCCCCAGCUGGUGGUGACUGACUUUGGCUGCUGCCUGGCCGACCGGUCGUGUGGUCUGCACAUGCCCUACCGUUCACUGGACGCCGACCGCGGUGGCAAUGCUGCCCUCAUGGCUCCUGAGGUAGCGCUAGCAGAACCGGGCGUGUUUUCGUACAUCGACUACUCGAAGGCCGAUGCCUGGGCAGCGGGCAGCAUUGCCUAUGAGAUCCUGUCCGAGCACGGCAACCCGUUCUACCGGACGCAGGCCAACGCCAAGCAGGCGCUCAAGAACACCACCUAUGCUGAGGCCGAUCUGCCCGACUUGGACCCCACCGAAGUGCCCCCAAUCAUGGCCAGGCUCAUCCAGUCGCUGCUGGCUAGGAAGACGUCCAAGAGGCUGGAUGCCGAACUAGCAGCGACGGUUUGCCAGCUGUACCUGUGGGCGCCCAGUGGCUGGCUCAAGCCCCGCCAGGCCAGUCCUCCUCCUUCCCAAAGCGAGGUUUUGCAGUGGCUUCUCUGUCUUGCCACCAAGGUCAUGUGUGAAGGUCGCGUCUUCCUCAGUUCGCGUCGCACCGAAACCGAAUAUCAGCUGAUUUCCACCUUUUUGACACGAGUGCGUCUCUCCACCGUACGCCAAGCACUCAUCUGGAUCCAACAAGCUUAAAUUACAUUAUUAACCUCACAAAUCUUCACUUAUCCUUCAUGAAAUAAGAUUACCCUACAUGAAAUUAUAAUUCGCCACCCAGUUCCUAUUCUAUUACAAAAAACCCUCAUUUUUUAGGAAGAUGAUGUCAAUUGUAAAAUGAAGAAAACCUUACCGAUGUUCACCUGCUUUGAUUCAUUUUAUUAGUUUUGCUCAUUCAUGCACGGAGAUGGAAAACUUAUCUAGUAUCUUUUCUUUAUUAUAUUCUAAUUUCCAUAUUUUAUGCACCAUUCAAGUCUAAGGCUAGGCACACACCAGUUAUUUAAGACAAGACAAGACAAGACAUGCUCAGACACAAUACUUCACAUAGUGUUGCUUUUGAAGACAUGUCUAAUUGCAAUGACUAAUCAGUGUGUGUUGCGUCAUAAGCAACUAUGUGAAGUAUUGUGACUGAUCGUGUCUGAGCAUGUCUUUUCUUGACUAACUGGAGUGUGCCUAGCCUAACACGUAUCUCCUAUUACCGUACAUGGAGAAUGGUCGUAUUUUUAUUAUGUGCUGCAUUCUAUGUUUAAACCAACAGCUGAUCUAGCACUGUUCAAACUGAGGUUUAACCUUCAAAGUUCAAUCGGAAUAAGAAGAGUUGGUGGUUUAAACUAAGAUGUAACGUAAAAUGAAUGUGACAAUAGUUUUAUUAAACCCAUAUUAGCGUUAAAUUUAAAUUGCGCAUACGGCCCCAAGUCAAUGCUAGUUAGUAAUUGAAUUUAAAUGUACAUAGGAGUUUCAACUUUACUAACAAGUCUUGCCUGUAUACUUAUCUUCAUGGUGUUUGAUUAUUCUCCUUGGUUUAUUAAUUUUAAUUGUAAUUAUCCUGUGCAUUACUUGUUACUUAGUAAUCGAUUUCAAUCAGUAUUAUGAGCUGUAAUUUGUCUUGGUUUACGUCUUUCUUAAUAAUUGCAUGAGAAUAAUGAUUAUUUCGGUUUCUAUUGAGUUAGUUAACGUACAAUACGGCAUAACGCAAUAAUCAAAUUAAUAGUUUUCAAUUUAACGUUUUGGUAAAAAUAUUUAAUUAUUUCAAGUUGAAACUCUCAUUAUCGAGCGUACUUUCUUAGCAACAAUAGCAAUGCAUUUUCAUAAAAUGCCUCAUUGUAAAAAUGUUUUAAAACUGAAAUGAAUUGUAAAAAUAUAUUUUAAAAUUAUGUACAGCUUGUUUUUAUUUUUCAGAAAUCACUGCUUACUUGAUAGAAGUGAUUGAGAAUGUAAAUUUCUUAGUUUUAAGGUGAUAUUAAAGAUAUUUAUUUUCUCAAAA